AUGGUAAUACUCGCACCCACCUUCGCUCUCAGACAGAUACGGCAUAGACUACCCAUCUACUCCACUCAACUGCUGCAGAAUGUGCGACUCACCCAUUCUGCACCUAAACAUACAGGUUUACCAGACCCGAUCGAAUGGUUACCUCUCCCUCGAUCACUCUCACCCCGAAAAGCGUUGAUGUUACUUUCCUUACCUGUUUCACCCAAAUAUUGGCCAUCACACUUGGUGAUGGCCUCUCCACUACUUGCUACCGCAUCUGCGCAUUUCAAGUCGAAGGGAAUAGCGGUGAAUGCUAUAUACGAUGGAAUAGGCGAUCAGACCUUUUUCGCGGCAGAGGAAGAAUAUCCAGCGAUAAUACAUUGGCCUGAUGGAUAUUCUAGAUCAUAUAACAAUUUCAACAUGAACAGUAUAUCGUCGGAUGAUAUUAUCAAAGAUCUGGAAUACACUGUUAAAUCGUUAGAUGUUACAGAAUAUGAAAAGCCGAAGGAGAUACUGGUUUGUACCCAUGGAUCAAGGGACUGUAGGUGUUCUGAAAGAGGGGGUCCAUUAGUUGAAGCUUUGAGGGAAGAGAUAGAACGAAGAGGUGUCUCAAAUCAGGUGAAGGUCAAGGAAAUUGCGCAUGUUGGUGGGCAUAAAUAUGCAGCGAAUGUUGUCCUCCUCCCGACACUAGACAUGCUAUCCAACCUCACACUCGAACAUGCACCAUCCAUAAUCUCACAUCUGCUCUCACCCAAACCCAAUUCGAAGAUAUGGGCUCAUUGGAGAGGUAGAUAUGGGUUAACAGAGCAGGAACAAGCUCAGGUAUGGGACAGAGUCAAUCCGGCAAAAGGUCAGAACACUGAAAAGGAGAAGGUACAGGAGCAGGACAAGGUGGAAUUGAGCUUCAAGACUUUUGAAGGCGAAUUGAAAGCCGUCAAUGCGAAACUUGGGCAUAACUUGCUGGAGGUUGGCAAAGAAAAUGACCUACCCUCGUUGGAAGGUGUAUGCGGUGGGAAUCUGGAAUGCGCGACGUGCCACCUUUAUCUUGCUCCUUCUCCCUCUCCCGCGCCGACCUCCGAACCCACCGAGGAAGAGGAUGAUAUGCUAGGCUAUGCUUUAGGGUAUAGGGAUGGGGAAAGCAGAUUAGGAUGUCAGAUAAGAGUGACGAAGGAAUUGAGUGAAUGGUGUAAACAAGGAGGAGUCAUUGGUUUACCUAGAUUUUAG